AUGUUUAUACACCUUUUUCUAUUUCUAUUUUCAAUUCCUAAUCCAACUUUCGCAUAUGAUUGCUAUUGGUUGAAUGAUACGUUCACUUAUGAAAAUGAAACAUACUCUGGAGAAUGUUGUAACGAAGCAGCGGCUUCCCAAUUCACCAAGUAUUCUUCGACUUCUUAUUCGAGUUUGUCGCUUAACAUGAAAAUGAUUAUCAUCAAAAGUUUGGAAAGAGGCGGUGUAUGUAGUAAGUUGAUUUUAGAUGUCUUUGUUUUGUUUUUGAACUAUUCCCAUAAAAAUUGUCGAUUCAAAUGUAUCCAUGACAAUUUUGCUUCGGUUGGAAAUAAAUCGCGAAACAUAAACAUUUUUUAUAUUUUAUUCAUUGAAAUGAAAAUAUUCAUAUUUGUGUUUCUGUUUUCAAUAUAUGUCAGAUUUUCCUCAGCUGCUAGUUGCAGCUUAAUGAGUUUUUUGUGGCCUGGAUGCGGUAUGAAGUGUUUCAUUCACAAUCUUCAUUACUUUGGAAAAUAAAAAAACAUUUUCUUUACAGAUACAACAACAACUGAGUCCACAACAUCUACAACUACUGAACUAACAACAACAUCCGAUGAUAAUUCGACGACAACAAUCGAUGAAAUAACAUCACAAUCUAGUUCGACUAAAACAACAACAGUUCCAACUACAACAAAAACCGCGUAUAUUAAACCAAAUAAUAAAGAAACAACAACUACUGAUAUAUCUACUAGUUCAAGUUCUACUUCUUUAUCAACUUUGACCACAACCCCGAAGAAAACUUCAACUAUUGAUUCCUCAAAAGAUUCCACAACAAGUUCAAGUUCAAGUUCGCCUACCACAACUAGCUUGGAUUCAUCAACUUCCUCAACAACUGAAUUAGGAUCUAGUUCUAGUUCAACUACGGGAGGAGAUGUUUCAUCGAGCUCUAGUUCGAGUUCAACUUCAACUACCAGCCAGAGCUCUAGUACAUCAACAACAACAACAACAACAACAAGAUCCGAAUCAACAGGCUCUACUGAAACUUCAAGCUCAUCAAGUUCAACAAUUCCUAAAACUACCGGAGAAUUAGAAUCUGGGGAUACAGCCAAAGGAGUGUCUACUUCUACUUCCAUAAAAACUUCUGAUGAGAGUACAAAAUCAGUAUCUGUUGAAGAAACAACAACUUCUCAAGAAACAUCAAAAUCAACAAUUUUCGUUUCUACGUCGGACACUGCUAGCACUUCUACUGGCACAGUUGCAACUUCAGAAACAGCAACAGGUUCUACUGAAAAACCCAAUGCGAGUGAAUCUACAACAUCCAGUUCGAGCUCAACUUCAGUUUCUACUGGAACUACAACUAACCCAAUAGAUUCCACAGGAUCAACAUUAACUUCUGAAGAUUCAACAACACCUGUGGGAUCCACAACAUCUUUGUCUUCAACUUCGGUGAAUUCUUCAACAUCUACAAAAUCUCCCACAGAUUCCUCUUCUACAGCUACGGUAAGUUUUCUUCAUUUUUGUUUUGCACAUGUCAAACUUGAGAGCACAAAACACAUAAAUCUGAAAUCACCAUGACUAUGGAAUGCCGUUAGAUUUUUAGUUUAGUUUCCGUUAUUUUUCCAUUCCAAGAAUGUUUGCUUGGCUAACAUUUUGUCUUUGUUUUCGAAUUUUACAAUGUGGUAAGUUUUUAAAUUUCGAGUUCGCGUUGAAAAUUUUCUGGAGUUUAUAGCGGCCUUGUCAAACGAGGACGAUAUCACCAAUACAUUAGGAUUCACGAUUCCAGCGGAAGUUCUAGCAGAAGUGCAGAGUGCGCUCACCACAACAAGCAUCGCAAAAACAGAGGGCACUACUACAAUCGAAACAACAGUGACAACUCAGAAUCAGGAUCUUUCAACAACAUCUCCAACGACUUCAACUCUUCUUACAACAAUUUUGGGAGCAAAAGCUGAUCCUAAAUCCGGUACAACUUCAGCUGAAGAAACAACAAAAAAUUCUACUGAUCAAGAUACGACAACUAAAACUGAUCCCAAAGAAGCUACAACAACCGUGGCAACGACUAAAAAAUCUGAAUCUGAGAUUUUGUCUACCGGAAAACCAACCGACAUUGUAACUACUGUUGCCACGACAAAGAAACCGGACUCUGUUGAUCAGACAACGACAGAAACUACUAUCAAAAAAGCUGAUUCUGAAGAAAAAACUACGAUGAAAUCAGGUGAUUCCGGUUCGACAACUGCUACAACUACUAAGAAAUCCGAAUCUGAAACCCAAAUUGUCAAAAAUGAUGAAACUACGGUGAAAUCAGUGGAUUCUGAUUCGAAAACUACAGUAGUCACAACCAAAAAGUCAGAGACUGAAACUACAGUUAAAACAGCAAAUUCAGAUGAUUCAAAUGAAACAACUGUCAAAAAAUCUGAAGUUACCACCACUAAAAAAUCAGAAUCUGAACCUGCAACGACAAUAAAAACAGAUACUAAUUCUAAUAAUUCGGCUGACGAAACAACCAAAAAAUCUGAAACUACAACUAAAACAACUACGAAAUCGGAAAACUCUGCAAACUCUGCGACGACAACAGUAACAACAACCAAAAAAUCAGAUUCCGCUGAUUCGACCAAAUCAGAUACUACAGUGAAAUCAGCAGAUUCUGAAGAUUCCAGUGUAACAACAAUUGCAAGUUCAAAAGAUGAAACAACUAAAAAAUCAGAUUCCGAUUCUGUAACUACAGUCAAAUCAUCAAAUUCUGAUGGUUCAAGUGUAACAGAUUCAAAAUCUUCCGCGGAUGAAACAACAAAGAAAUCUGAUACAACAACCACGUUAAAAACUGGUUCAGCGACAGAAGGAGCCGUAACUACGAAAAAAUCAGAUAGCAAUUCAGAAACAACAGUGAAGUCUGUGAAUUCUGAUGAUUCAAGUGCGACAGAUUCCAAAGCUACCACAGUCGCGACUACAAAAAAGGCCAAUUCAGAAAGUGCAACUACUGCCAAGUCAGAAUCAUCUGAUGAUUCUGCGACAGAGGUAGCAGCUACGACUACCAAGAAGUCCAACUCGGAUUCUGUGACAACAGCGAAGUCUGAAAACUCGGUUGACUCAAGUGUCACUGAUUCCAAAUCUUCGAGAGAUGAAACCACAAAGAAAUCUGAUUCAGGAAGUGAAACUACUGUAAAAUUGGAUUCAUCGGGUGGUUCUGCAACUACAAAAAAGUCAGACACUGAUACAGCUACAACUGUUGCAUCAUCGAAUAGUGUAACAGAUUCCAAAGCAACAGCUGAUGAAACAACAAAGAAAUCUGAUUCAGAUAGCCAAACUACAGCAAAAUCCGAUUCGGCAACAGAUUCAGCCACAAAAACAACAAAUGCGAAGUCGGACUCAAACACAGCAACAACAGUCAAAUCAACAGAUUCUGACGCAACAGUAUCUAAAUUUUCGGAUGAUGAAACUACGAAAAAAUCAAAUUCAGAAUCUGCAAGUACAGCAGCUUCGGAUGUAACCACUACUGAAAAAUCUGAUUCCGAUGGUGAAACUACAGUCAAAUCAGGUGCCACAACAGAUUCCACUGCCACAACCAAAACUUCGACUGAUUCAGAAAAUACAUCUGGAACGAAGGGAACAACAAUAUUGGAUGCUUCUGUUUCCACGGGGACGACAGAAGAAUCGACUAAAAGCUCCGAAUCAAGCACAACAAAAUCUCAAGAUUCUACUGGAACUGGUGUUACUGAUAAAUCAGGCACUACCAGAAGUUCGGAUUCGACCGAAACUUCAACUAACUCGACUGCAACUACUGAAAAUAGUGAUGAAUCUGAUGGAACAAAUACAAGCGAAUGUAUGUUUCAACAUAUCUCGCUCGCAAUAAAAUUAAAUAAAUCCGAAUUUUCAGCUUCGAACACAACAUCACCAACGGUACUAUCAAAAUCAAUUAUGCUCUAAAUAUUGCACUUCUCACAGCUUUGCAAACCUCACCAUAAUUCUAACGGCAUUCACAUAGUCAUGCAUGAAAAACUCCCUAAACCCUAAAGUUAUAGGUCAAUUCAAGUACAACAACAGUGUCUCCAUCAACAUCAACAGUUUCUUGGCCUGACAAUGGCGGGACCACCAAAACUUUGCCAAAUGGCGAAGUUCUUCUUAAUGAGAAGCUGGUAUCGUAUGAAAAUUGCACAACAGUUUUAUAUCAACUGAUAAUGAAUUUGACAACACAAGAAACUCGAACCGAAGUCACUGUGGAUCCAGAAGGAUGUGUAAGAUAUUUGUUGUUGAUUUUUUAGAUGAGGGUUUUUUAUCUAGUCAUCAUCAUCUUCCUCGUCUUCAUUCUCUACAACUUCAUCUAAAACAUCUUCUUCGUCGUUGUCAUCAACAACAUCCCCAACAACAACAACUAUAAACUGGGUAACCGGAGGAACAACAAAAACGCUAGAUUCUGGAGAAAUCGUGAGAUUCGCACACCUUACACAUAAUCCAUAGAUAAUUUCACUGAAAUUCAGAUUUUGAGCGAGAAUUUGGUCUCGUACGCUAAUUGUACAACAGUUUUGUACCAACUAGUUUACAAUCCGACAAAUAAAACAAGUCGAACUGUAACUAGUAGUAGUACAUCAACAGAGUGUGUGAGUCAACACAUAAACUAGAAGGCACAUUUGAGUUCAAAUAUAUUUACACUAUUAAGUUCGACGCUUUUUUUAGCUGAAAAAUAUUUGGAACAUGUUGAAAAUAUGGUUUUCAGGAUGCCAGUUCAACCACGAUAUCUUCUUCGGAUUCAAGUUCAAAUGAAUCAACAACAACUAAUUUCUGGCCAACUGGAGGCACUACAAAAACAUUGCCAUCUGGUGAAAUUGUAAGACUUUUUUUCGAAAAACAAAUCAGCGCUAUCCAGAAUUGAUUUCAGUUAUUGAAUGAGAAGUUGGAAUCAUUCCCAAAUUGUACAACUGUUUUGUAUCAAUUAAUUUAUAAUCCGACGACUGGAGCAACAAGAACUGAAACGACAACAGAUCCGGAUGGAUGUGUAAGCAAUUUUGGACACAUAUUUGAACUUUUCUAGGUAACGUUUUCAGAAUACUUCAACAACUUCUUCUGGGACCACAAGCUCUGGAAUAUCGAAUGGUACAACAAGUUCUAUGACAGCUGGGGGAGGAAAUGUGAGUGAGAAACUGGUGAUGGGAAAGUGUGUGUUUCUAAUUUUAAAACAUGUUUUAUUUCAAAGAACUAUGGGUUUGAGACCGCGGACUAAUCAACAACUCUGAAUGCGAUCAAUAAAAAAAUAUAUUAAAAUAAAUUGAGACUUCAGGCUUCUACAACAACCACCGCUUCAUCGUCUGCUGGAACUUCGACUAACUCUAGUUCCAGUGGAUCAACAACAACAACAACACCAAAUGGAAGUUCAUCGAACUCAUCAACAUCAACAACGACACUAUCAAGUGGUUCAACUGUGAGUACUUGAGCUAUUUCUGAAAUUUUAUAUCAUUCGAUAUGAAAUGAUAUGAAGUUCAUGUCGUUUCAAAAAAUUCCUAAAACACUUUAAAGAUGUGUCUAUUCAGAAUUCGACAAUAUCUCCAACAACUUCUUCAAACUCUGGUUCAUCCAUCUCAUCAUCUACUUCAACUUCCACUACAACCCCAUCAAGUUCAAUCUCAACUUCAACCUCAUCAACUUCCAAAAACUGUACUAAACUUGAUGUCGACACAUCCAAUUCAUUAUCUCCAGAUAGUUCAACUCUUACUGAUUCCUCUGUUCCUGGAACUCAAAUCAUUCAUAUUUGUAUGACGAGUUAUACAAUGUCAAUGGAUCUGAUGCCGUUGAAAAUUUAUGAAUGUCUUCAGAAUGGAACAUGGAGUGGAAUUGUGGACUCGUGUAUACGUGAGUUCAAAAAAAUUUGAAAUAAAAGUGAUAUUUUGUUGAAUUUUCAGCGGAAAAGGAGUUGUGA